CCAGCCGGGUUGGUGUCGUGGUGGUGGUGGUGGUGGUGGUGGUGGGUGGGGUUCCACAGUUGAAAUGAAAAUGCUGUGAUUGUUUGUACACGGCUGUGGCUGUUAAGACAAUGGCAGCGUGUGUGAGAGCUAGCCUCUCUGUCAUGUUGAAUACCAUGGUGGGGUUGAUUCCCACUUGAUUGACAAAGCCCUGCCAAUUGUGUCAGCGUGUCAAUCUGUGCUGUUCACUGGCGUCAUUGUCAGGACCGGGUUUGUUGUUGCUGUCCUGGAAAACAAACUCCCUCUGCCCUUCAUCCAUGCUGUCCCGAUACCGGAAGUCAAGUUGAAACAACUUAUUUAAAGUAAAAUAUAGUGACGUGCGUAGCCGUAGAGGCUUGCGAUUGUUCAAUGGGUGAACAUGUAAAAUAUACUGGACUGUAUGUGUGUUUUAAGUGAAGGACAGAUCUGUAUGUUUUAAACCAUAUAGUGGUUGUGCCACACAGGAUAUAUGCCUGUCCUGCUGCAAUGAAAACAAUGACAGUGUGGUUUUGUUUGCUGCACACACUUCCUGUUAGAGUUGUUCUUCUCAGCUACAUUUUCCUGUGACAGUCGAUUCCAAUAAUUUGUGUUUGAUGUCUGAAAAGGGCUUAGAAUGCCUCAAAGCCUUAAAAGGACUCCUUAACGAUAGAAGCACACACUGAUAAUUAUACAUAAAGCAAUUAAGGAACAUAAUCUUAUGAGAAAAAGCUCUGUUCACCUCUAUCUGGUUAUAAAUUAAUUAAUGGAAGAGGAGCACCUAGGAACCAUUAUUCAUGUCUCUUUGUUUCACUCCUUAAAGGGGAGGCACUUUCCAUCCCAUCGAGCUAAUGAGUGUAGAUUUAAUUAUUGUCCGCUCUAGUCCGCUCUCUCUUUCAUCCACUGCACUUGAUUUCUACUUAGGGUUAUUUUGGGUUAUUGCAUACUCUUUGUAAGGACAGCCAUUCUCUCAAUGUAAUCUGUCACAGAGGUGAGGGGUGUGACUAACCUGUGUCUGUGUGUGUGUGUGUGUGUGUGUGUGUGUGUGUGUGUGUGUGUGUGUGUGUGUGUGUGUGUCUGUGUAUAUGUGUGUGUGUGUGUGUGUGUGUGUGUGUGUGUGUGUGUGUGUGUGUGUGUGUGUGUGUGUGUGUGUGUGUUUGUGUGUGUGUGUGUGUGUGUGUGCGUGCGUUCGAACAUGUUCAUGUGUGUUUUGGUGUGUGUGUCUACCUUAUAGCAGACAUCACUCCCCACUCCAGGAUGUGUGACUGUGACGUGGACGUGUCCUCGGAGCCCACCAGCCCCAGGCUCUACGGUGAGUCCUCUGACAAAUACUGCCAUGUGGACCGCUGGCAGAAGCUCCGCACUGCCGUCCGCAAGCUGGAGUUCUGGGAGAACUUCACCGCCGAGCUCAUCGGGAGCGGCUUCUUCUCUAAAGUCUACAAGGUACCUGGUCCAUCCCUAGCCAUCUGUAUUGAACCUAGUGUGCAUCCCAAAUGGCACCCUAUUCUCUAUAGAGUGCACUCUUUUUGACCAUAGCCCUAUGGGCCCUUGUAAAAAUGAUGCACUAUAUACACAAUAGGGUUCCAUUUGCGAUGGUGGCAAUGCCAUUAUUAGCUUGCACUCCAUAAAGAAUGCCUGAGCAAACAAAAACCUGGGAGUACACAAUGGUACUCCACUGUGCUUCAGUUUACAAUCUGCACUAUGUGCUUCAGUAGCGGAAUAGGGAGAGAAAGGUGACAUGUACAGUGAGGGAAAAAAGUAUUUGAUCCCCUGAUGAUUUUGUACGUUUGCCCACUGACAAAGACAUGAUCAGUCUAUAAUUUUAAUGGUAGGUUUAUUUGAACAGUGAGAGACAGAAUAACAACAAAAAAAUCCAGAAAAAACGCAUGUCAAAAAUGUUAUUACAUUUACAUUUACAUUUAGCAGACGCUCUUAUCCAGAGCGACUUACAAAUUGGUGCAUUCACCUUAUAGCCAGUGGGAUAACCACUUUACAAUAUGUAUUUUUUUUCUUUCUUUGGGGUGGGGUAAGGGGGGGUAAAAGGAUUACUUUAUCCUAUCCCAGGUAUUCCUUAAAGAGGUGGGGUUUCAAGUGUCUCCGGAAGGUGGUGAGUGACUCCGCUGUCCUGGCGUCGUGAGGGAGCUUGUUCCACCAUUGGGGUGCCAGAGCAGUGAACAGUUUUGACUGGGCUGAGCGGGAAAUGUGCUUCCGCAGAGGUAGGGGGGCCAGCAGGCCAGAGGUGGAUGAACGCAAUGCCCUCGUUUGGGUGUAGGGACUUAUCAGAGCCUGAAGGUACGGAGGUGCCGUUCCCCUCACAGCUCCGUAGGCAAGCACCAUGGUCUUGUAGCAGAUGCGAGCUUCAACUGGAAGCCAGUGGAGUGUGCAGAGGAGCGGGGUGACGUGAGAGAACUUGGGAAGGUUGAACACCAGACGGGCUGCGGCAUUCUUGAUGAGUUGUAGGGGUUUAAUGGCACAGGCAGGGAGCCCAGCCAACAGCGAGUUUUAGUAAUCCAGACGGGAGAUGACAAGUGCCUGGAUUAGGACCUGUGCCGCUUCCUGUGUAAGGCAGGGUCGUACUCUCCGAAUGUUGUAGAGCAUGAACCUACAGGAUCCGGUCACCGCCUUGAUGUUAGUGGACAACGACAGGGUUUUGUCCAGGGUCACGCCAAGGCUCUUCGCACUCUGGGAGGAGGACACAACGGAGUUGUCAACCGUGAUGAUGAGAUCAUGGAACGGGCAGUCCUUCCCCGGGAGGAAGAGCAGCUCCGUCUUGCCGAGGUUCAGCUUGAGGUGGUGAUCCGUCAUCCACACUGAUAUGUCUGCCAGACAUGCAGAGAUGCGAUUCGCCGCCUGGUUAUCAGAAGGGGGAAAGGAGAAGAUUAGUUGUGUGCCGUCUGCGUAGCAAUGAUAGGAGAGGCCAUGUGAGGAUAUGACAGAGCCAAGUGACUUGGUGUAUAGCGAGAAUAGGAGAGGGCCUAGAACUGAGCCCUGGGGGACACCAGUGGUGAGAGCACGUGGUGCGGAGACAGAUUCUCGCCACGCCACUUGGUAGGAGCGACCGGUCAGGUAGGACGCAAUCCAAGAGUGAGCCGCGCCGGAGAUGCCCAACUCGGAGAGGGUGGAGAGGAGGAUCUGAUGGUUCACAGUAUCAAAGGCAGCAGACAGGUCUAGAAGGACAAGAGCAGAGGAGAGAGAGUUAACUUUAGCAGUGCGGAGAGCCUCCGUGACACAGAGAAGAGCAGUCUCAGUUGAAUGACCAGUCUUGAAACCUGACUGGUUUGGAUCAAGAAGGUCAUUCUGAGAGAGAUAGCAAGAGAGUUGGCUAAAGACGGCACACUCAAGAGUUUUGGAGAGAAAAGAAAGAAGGGAUACUGGUCUGUAGUUGUUGACAUCAGAGGGAUCGAGUGUUGGUUUUUUGAGAAGGGGUGCAACUCUCGCUCUCUUGAAGACGGAAGGGACAUAGCCAGCGGUCAAGGAUGAGUUGAUGGAGAAGGUCACCGGAGAUGGUCUGGAGAAGAGAGGAGGGGAUAGGGUCAAGCGGGCAGGUUGUUGGGCGGCCGGCCGUCACAAGUCGCAAGAUUUCAUCUUUAGAGAGAGGGGAGAAAGAAGUCAAAGCAUAGGGUAGGGCAGUGUGAGCAGGACCAGCAGUGUAUUUUGACUUAACAAACGAGGAUCGGAUGUCGUCAACCUUCUUUUCAAAAUGGUUGACAAAGUCAUCCACAGAGAGGGAGGGGGGGGGGGGGGGGGGGGGAUUCAGCAGGGAGGAGAAGGUGGCAAAGAGCUUCCUAGGGUUAGAGGCAGAGGCUUGGAAUUUAGAGUGGUAGAAAGUGGCUUUAGCAGCAGAAACAGAUGAAGAAAAUGUAGAGAGGAGGGAGUUAAAAGAUGCCAGGUCCGCAGGGAGUCUAGUUUUCCUCCAUUUCCGUUCGGCUGCCCGGAGCCCUGUUCUGUGAGCUCGCAAUGAGUCGUCAAGCCACGGAGCAGGAGGGGAGGACCGAGCCGGCCGGGAGGAUAGGGGACAUAGAGAGUCAAAGGAUGCAGAAAGGGAGGAGAGGAGGGUUGAGGAGGCAGAAUCAGGAGGAGAUGUGAGGGACAAGGAUUGAGCAGAGGGAAGAGAUGAUAGGAUGGAAGAGGAGAGAGUAGCGGGAGAGAGAGAGCGAAGGUUGCGACGGCGCAUUACCAUCUGAGUAGGGGCAGAGUGAGUAGUGUUGGAGGAGAGCGAGAGAGAAAAGGAUACAAAGUAGUGGUCGGAGACUUGGAGGGGAGUUGCAGUGAGAUUAGUAGAAGAACAGCAUCUAGUAAAGAUGAGGUCAAGUGUGUUGCCUGCCUUGUGAGUAGGGGGGGACGGUGAGAGGGUGAGGUCAAAUGAGGAGAGGAGUGGAAAGAAGGAGGCAGAGAGAAAUGAGUCAAAGGUAGACGUAGGGAGGUUGAAGUCACCCAGAACUGUGAGGGGUGAGCCAUCCUCAGGAAAGGAACUUAUCAAGGCGUCAAGCUCAUUGAUGAACUCUCCAAGGGAACCUGGAGGGCGAUAAAUGACAAGGAUGUUAAGCUUGAAUGGGCUAGUGACUGUGACAGCAUGGAAUUCAAAUGAGGAGAUAGACAGAUGGGUCAGGGGGAAAAGAGAGAAUGUCCACUUGGGAGAGAUGAUGAUUCCUGUGCCACCGCCGCGCUGACCAGAUGCUCUCGGGGUAUAUGAGAACACAUGAUCAGACGAGGAAAGAGCAGUAGGAGUAGCAGUGUUUUCUGUGGUAAUCCAUGUUUCCGUCAGCGCCAAGAAUUCGAGGGACUGGAGGGUGGCAUAGGCUGAGAUGAACUCUGCCUUGUUGGCCGCAGAAUGGAAGUUCCAGAGGCUACCGGAGACCUGGAACACCACGUGGGUCGUGCGUGCAGGGACCACCAGGUUAGAGAGGCAGCAGCCACGCGGUGUGAGGCGUUUGUAUAGCCUGUGCGGAGAGGAGAGAACAGGGAUAGACAGAGGCAUAGUUGACAGGCUACAGAAAAUGGCUACAAUAAUGCAAAGGAGAUCGGAAUGAAAUGAACUAAACAUCUGGGAAAGCGAGAGAGCGGGGCCUCCCUCACUUACGUUUCACUGAAACACCCAAAUAUAACUCUCCCAACUUCCACCUCAGAUACUAUAAAACUACAGCGGUUCAAUGUUUUCUAGGAAUAGACUAACUUAGUGUAUUCAGCUAGCUAACAUGGUACAGUAUUCUUUUGUGAAAACCGUCCAGGGCACCUAGUCAUAUGAUGCCACAGCCAACUAGCAUGCCGGCCUCCAACAACACGGUUUAGCACCAAUACUCGGCCACAACAAACCACCAGUGUGUCAACACGCCAAGCAGAUCAUUCGUGUCCUUGUCUAACUUUGUGGGUUAGUCCCGACAGCUUGAGCGAGUCCGUCGUCAACUUAUUCAGCCAGUUAGUUAGCUAGAAUAGUUAGCAUACUAUCUAGCCAUUGCUUUCUACCAACGAAGAAACCCGUCCUCCCACGGCACAAACACACAGAGAGAGCCAAGCUAACGUUAACUAGUCACCCAUGUCCCGAAUUCCCUUGAACGGCUACCAGUAUGUAAUAACAAAACACAAAUGUACAGUGAGGGAAAAAAGUAUUUGAUCCCCUGCUGAUUUUGUACGUUUGCCCACUGACAAAGACAUGAUCAGUCUAUAAUUUUAAUGGUAGGUGUAUUUGAACAGUGAGAGACAGAAUAACAACAAAAAAAUCCAGAAAAACGCAUGUCAAAAAUGGUAUAAAUUGAUUUGCAUUUUAAUGAGGGAAAUAAGUAUUUGACCCCUCUGCAAAACAUGACUUAGUACUUGGUGGCAAAACCCUUGUUGGUAAUCACAGAGGUCAGACGUUUCUUGUAGUUGGCCACCAGGUUUGCACACAUCUCAGGAGGGAUUUUGUCCCACUCCUCUUUGCAGAUCUUCUCCAAGUCAUUAAGGUUUUGAGGCUGACGUUUGGCAACUCGAACCUUCAACUCCCUCCACAGAUUUUCUAUGGGAUUAAGGUCUGGAGACUGGCUAGGCCACUCCAGGACCUUAAUGUUCUUCUUCUUGAGCCACUCCUUUGUGGCCUUGGCUGUGUGUUUUGGGUCAUUGUCAUGCUGGAAUACCCAUCCACGACCCAUUUUCAAUGCCCUCGCUGAGGGAAGGAGGUUCUCACCCAAGAUUUGACGGUACAUGGCCCCGUCCAUUGUCCCUUUGAUGCGGUGAAUUUGUCCUGUCCCCUUAGCAGAAAAACACCCCCAAAGCAUAAUGUUUCCACCUCCAUGUUUGACGGUGGGGAGGGUGUUCCUGGGGUCAAAGGCAGCAUUCCUCCUCCUCCAAAUACGGCAAGUUGACUUGAUGCCAAAGAACUCGAUUUUGGUCUCAUCUGACCACAACACUUUCACCCAGUUCUCCUCUGAAUCAUUCAGAUGUUCAUUGGAAAACUUCAGACGGCCCUGUAUAUGUGCUUUCUUGAGCAGGGGGACCUUGCGGGCGCUGCAGGAUUUCAGUCCUUCACGGCGUAGUGUGUUACGAAUUGUUUUCUUGGUGACUAUGGUCCCAGCUGCCUUGAGAUCAUUGACAAGAUCCUCCCAUGUAGUUCUGGGCUGAUUCCUCACCGUUCUCAUGAUCAUUGCAACUCCACGAGGUGAGAUCUUGCAUGGAGCCCCAGGCCGAGGGAGAUUGACAUUUAUUUUGUGUUUCUUCCAUUUGCGAAUAAUCGCACCAACUGUUGUCACCUUCUCACCAAGCUGCUUGGCAAUGGUCUUGUAGCCCAUUCCAGCCUUGUGUAGGUCUACAAUCUUGUCCCUGACAUCCUUGGAGAGCUCUUUGGUCUUGGCCAUGGUGGAGAGUUUGUAAUCUGAUUGAUUGAUUGCUUCUGUGGACAGGUGUCGUUUAUACAGGUAACAAACUGAGAUUAGAAGCACUUCCUUUAAGAGUGUGCUCUUAAUCUCAGCUCAUUACCUGUAUAAAAGACACCUGGGAGCCAGAAUUCUUACUGAUUGAGAGGGGGUCAAAUACAUAUUUCCCUCAUUCAAAUGCAAAUCAAUUUAUAACAUUUUUGACAUGCGCUUUUCUGGAUUUUUUUGUUGUUAUUCUGUCUCUCACUAUUCAAAUAAACCUACCAUUAAAAUUAUAGACUGAUCAUUUCUUUGUCAGUGGGCAAACAUACAAAAUCAGCAGGGGAUCAAAUACCUUUUUUCCCUCACUGUAGGUUAUAACUUACCCCUAGCAGCUACUGUUAGCUAGCCAAGUGCAAAGCUAGCCACUGAAUCGAUUCGGCCAGUUCGCGUCUGUUAGCUAGGUCGUUCCAGCUAUUGUUUAGUAGCUAUCCAGGUAGCAACAAGCAAGCUACAUUUCUAGCACAGUAGCUACUUACUACCUAACGUUAACGCUUCAGACAAUGAGGUUAGAAAUACAGCUUUAUGGUAGGCAUUAUUGUAUGUAAUUAUUGUAGACAUUUAGCUGGCGUAAUUACAGGUACUCUCAGGCGUGAAACAACUAUCCACAGUUGCUAAUAGUUACCAGUAGCUACCCGCUAGCUAGUCCAGGUAGUGGGUUAGCUAGCUUCGUGCUUCACGGGGCUCAGUCGAAUACAAUACUUACCUACAAUAAUUACAUACAACAACCCACGAUAACUACCUACAAUACCUAACUACAAUCUAAAUACAUAGUUUAAGCUUUACUCGACAAAGCUUAAACUAUGUAUAUCAGCCAUUUAAGCCAAGCUUACCUCCCGCCAGAGAGAGACACAACCUCACCCGAUGACAACGACACAGCUCAAUGUGUUUUUUAAUGAGGGAAAUAAGUAUUUGACCCCUCUGCAAAACAUGACUUAGUACUUGGUGGCGAAACCAGCAGGGGAUCAAAUACUUUUUUAUUUAUUUAGGCUUAGUCCUGUAUGAAAUGAGAAACGGGUAGAAUGAUAGAUGGGAUGAUUGCAGAAUUAAUCUAUUAGUCUACUGGAUUUGAACAGUGAAUGUUCUGAGUAGAGCAAACACUGCUAGAGAUACUACUGGCCAUCAAUCUGUUUCAUGUUAUGUGAUGAUUUAAUCACAAUUCAAUAAUGGAGUCAUUAAUUAAUUUACCUGCAAAAAUAGCGCCUUUCUGACAGUCACCUCACCUGCUUUUUUUGUACAGGUUACAUGACUAGGUCUUGAGCAGGUUUUUAGUGGUUAAACUGUAAACACUCGUCUGUUUCUCUCCGGUGAUUCACAGUACUGUAAAAUAACUGUCUGUUUCUCUCAGGUGAUUCACAGUACUGUGAAAUAACUAUUGUCAGUUUCUCUCAGGUGAUUUACAGUCCUGUAAAAUAACUAUUGUCUGUUUCUCUCAGGUGAUUCACAGUACUGUGAAAUAACUAUUGUCUGUUUCUCUCAGGUGAUUCACAGUACUGUAAAAUAACUCAUCUGUUUCUCUCAGGUGAUUCACAGUACUGUAAAAUAACUAUUGUCUGUUUCUCUCAGGUGAUUUAUAGUACUGUAAAAUAACUAUUGUCUUUUUCUCUCAGGUGAUUCACAGUACUGUAAAAUAACUAUUGUCUGUUUCUCUCAGGUGAUUCACAGUACUGUAAAAUAACUUGUCUGUUUCUCACAGGUGAUUCACAGUACGAGCCAUAAGGUGAUGGUGGUGAAGAUCUAUAAGAAUGAUGUGGACCAGGAUAGCAUCGUGCGUGAGAUCAGCCUACUGCAGAAACUCUCCCAUCCCAACAUAGUCAGGUAUUAGUCAGUUACUCACACCUUUUUGUGAUGAUCACUUAUAAUAUUUGGUAUAUGACAUUAUUGAUACCAUGUAAUAAUUUAGCAUAAUUGCUUAUUAAUUAACAUGGUUUAUCACAUUAGCAUAUUAAUAAGAAUCAGUAUCAUCAGUCUGGCAAAUUCACAUAAAUAUUAAUAGAUGCAUUGUACCUGUCAAAUAAAUGUAAUAAAUGAAAUGAAAAUUGUUUAGAUAAGAUUAGGCCUGAUAAGCUUAUAAUGUUUGACUGUUAGCAUUUAUGUAAGAUUAAUAUCUGUAUUAGUACUAGUAUUAGUAAUACAUUAUGAAUGGGAAUGCUGGGAUGCUGUGUGUACUUUCUGUGGUGCAGUCAAUGGCUCAGGAACAUAAUGAUCUAGUAGUCACAAAGGCCUAUUCUACCCCUCUGAAGUGGUUACAUAAGCCAUGAAGGCAUAGUGGAUGUUAUGACAUGCACCAUAGAAUCAUGGCAUACCUUUCCUGAAUUCCAGUCCAAAAUAUAUGGUAUUAUACUGUAUUUUGUACUUCCAGUCAUACUUAUACUGAAUAUACAGUGGGGAAAAAAAGUAUUUAGUCAGCCACCAAUUGUGCAAGUUCUCCCACUUAAAAAGAUGAGAGAGGCCUGUAAUUUUUAUCAUAGGUACACGUCAACUAUGACAGACGAAUUGAGAAAAGAAAUUCCAGAAAAUCACAUUGUAGGAUUUUUAAUAAAUUUAUUUGCAAAUUAUGGUGGAAAAUAAGUAUUUGGUCACCUACAAACAAGCAAGAUUUCUGUCUCUCACAGACCUGUAACUUCUUCUUUAAGAGGCUCCUCUGUCCUCCACUCGUUACCUGUAUUAAUGGCACCUGUUUGAACUUGUUAUCAGUAUGAAAGACACCUGUCCACAACCUCAAACAGUCACACUCCAAACUGCACUAUGGCCAAGACCAAAGAGCUGUUAAAGGACACCAGAAACAACAUUGUAGACCUGCACCAGGCUGGGAAGACUGAAUCUGCAAUAGGUAAGCAGCUUGGUUUGAAGAAAUCAACUGUGGGAGCAAUUAUUAGGAAAUGGAAGACAUACAAGACCACUGAUAAUCUCCCUCAAUCUGGGGCUCCACGCAAGAUCUCACCCUGUGGGGUCAAAAUAAUCACAAGAACGGUGAGCAAAAAUCCCCGAACCACACGGGGGGACCUAGUGAAUGACCUGCAGAGAGCUGGGACCAAAGUAACAAAGCCUACCAUCAGUAAGACUCUAUGCCGCCAGGGACUCAAAUCCUGCAGUGCCAGACGUGUCCCCCUGCUUAAGCCAGUACAUGUCCAGGCCCGUCUGAAGUUUGCUAGAGUGCAUUUGGAUGAUCCAGAAGAGGAUUGGGAGAAUGUCAUAUGGUCAGAUGAAACCAAAAUAGAACUUUUUGGUAAAAACUCAACUCGUCGUGUUUGGAGGACAAAGAAUGCUGAGUUGCAUCCAAAGAACACCAUACCUACUGUGAAGCAUUGGGGUGGAAACAUCAUGCUUUGGGGCUGUUUUUCUGCAAAGGGACCAGGACGACUGAUCCGUGUAAAGGAAAGAAUGAAUGGGGCCAUGUAUCGUGAGAUUUUGAGUGAAAACCUCCUUCCAUCAGCAAGGGCAUUGAAGAUGAAAUGUGGCUGGGUCUUUCUGCAUGACAAUGAUCCCAAACACACCGCCCGGGCAACGAAGGAGUGGCUUCGUAAGAAGCAUUUCAAGGUCCUGUAGUGGCCUAGCCAGUCUCCAGAUCUCAACCCCAUAGAAAAUCUUUGGAGGGAGUUGAAAGUCUGUGUUGCCCAGCGACAGCCCCAAAACAUCACUGCUCUAGAGGAGAUCUGCAUGGAGGAAUGGGCCAAAAUACCAGCAACAGUGUGUGAAAACCUUGUGAAGACUUACAGAAAACGUUUGACCUGUGUCAUUGCCAACAAAGGGUAUAUAACAAAGUAUUGAGAAACUUUUGUUAUUGACCAAAUACUUAUUUUCCACCAUAAUUUGCAAAUAAAUUCAUAAAAAAUCCUACAAUGUGAUUUUCUGGAUUUUUUUCCCUCAUUUUGUCUGUCAUAGUUGACGUGUACCUAUGAUGAAAAUUACAGGCCUCUCUCAUCUUUGUAAGUGGGAGAACUUGCACAAUUGGUGGCUGACUAAAUACUUUUUUCCCCCACUGUAGCUACCCAGUCUUCACCUUUGUCUCAAGACAUCUCCAGACAUCUUCAUUUAUAUGUCUUAAGAGGUCUCAAGACAUGUCUCAAGAUGACUCCAGACAUGGUGAAGGCUGGGUAUAUAUACACAUGCUGCUGAGUCUUUGAGGUGCAGUCAUGGCCACAGCGGGAGGGACAUUGUACUACCUUGUCACGUAGGCCAGCUCUACCCUUAUGAAGUGGUUACAUAAGGUGUGAAGGCAUCGUGUUUGUCCAAGCAAUCUUAUUUUAGCCUUUCUUUCAAGGCCACAGUAUCAGUGGUUAUCAAACAGCACAGUUUAUCUGCUGAGGUCAGAGAGUAGAGAGUCAGUGAUGAAAGUGAAUAUGAGUCCAAUACAAUAUGUACCUGGAACAGAUAGGGCAUCCAUCCCUCUGUGAGUGGGCCCUACUCAAACAAUGGUGUGAAAAUCAGAAUGAUUUCUAAUGUUGGAGCCUGAGAACAUUGCCUUCCUCAGACACAGUGUUUCAAUCCCAAGUGGCACCCUAUUCCCUAUAUAGUAAACUACUUUUAACCAGGGCCCACAAGGUGCCAUUUGGGACGCACUCACUGUGAGAAAGGCAAUGUUAUCAGGCUCCAACGUCAGAGCAUUGUAAGGAUUUCAGUCAAGGUAUACAGUAAACCAGUGUCUGGAAUGGAUGUAGUUUUGAGGUUGUUAAUCUCGGGUGAGCACUGGCCACCGGCGAGUUUCUUGAUGUUGUGUCUGUCCACAAGAGCCUAGGUUGUUGUUGAAUGUCUGGCUCAGCUGGUCAUCAAAACAUGUUUUCAGCCCUGAGCAUCUUAUGUAACUUACUGUAUAAGUUGUGUAUAUUACGAACUGCGAGACAGAUAGUGUGAAGACCGGUGGGGCCAGGAUUUGAUCCCACGCAGGCAGGGGAUUGCAUACGUGCCAAGGGUGGUGGUCUUAUUAAACACUCAACCAUGAUCAAGCAGAUCGAUUGUAUAUUCUAAGUGUCAUUAUGAUUCCCCAUUAUAAUUAUGUUGUUGUGAUUCAUUCUAGGUAUCUGGGGAUCUGUGUGAAGGAAGAUAAACUCUACCCUAUUUUAGAGGUGAGUGUUACUUUCUCCACCUUGGAUGGAUGACGUGUUCACACUAGUGAAAUGAGUGGGGAGACACACUGUCUGUUUCUAGGACAUGUACCCUAUACAUAUAGAAGGUUGGGUUGUGUGUGUGAGCCGCUCCAUCUGGACAAAUAUGGCCUGUAGCGACUGAAACAUGUUGGUUUUUACAAUAAAGAAGUAGUUUUAUCAACUUCCAAUAGUUGGUGAAUUUCCUCCUCACUUCAGUUUGCUACUCAAUUCAUGCACCUUGGUUGGAGAACCAGCUGUGGCAGUGUUCCUUUUUCUUUGAACUCAACCCUUAUUUCCAGGUCUGUUUUAGAAUGUGAGUCUGAUGGGGUGUCUAUCUGUUUCAGUAUGUUAGUGGGGACUGAUGAGGUGUCUAUCUGUUUCAGUAUGUUAGUGGGGGCUGAUGAGGUGUCUAUCUGUUUCAGUAUGUUAGUGGAGGCUGAUGGGGUGUCUAUCUGUUUCAGUAUGUUAGUGGGGGCUGAUGGGGUGUCUAUCUGUUUCAGUAUGUUAGUGGGGGCUGAUGGGGUGUCUAUCUGUUUCAGUAUGUUAGUGGAGGCUGAUGAGGUGUCUAUCUGUUUCAGUAUGUUAGUGGAGGCUGAUGAGGUGUCUAUCUGUUUCAGUAUGUUAGUGGGGGCUGAUGAGGUGUCUAUCUGUUUCAGUAUGUUAGUGGGGGCUGAUGGGGUGUAUAUCUGUUUCAGUAUGUUAGUGGAGGCUGAUGAGGUGUCUAUCUGUUUCAGUAUGUUAGUGGAGGCUGAUGAGGUGUCUAUCUGUUUCAGUAUGUUAGUGGGGGCUGAUGGGGUGUCUAUCUGUUUCAGUAUGUUAGUGGGGGCUGAUGAGGUGUCUAUCUGUUUCAGUAUGUUAGUGGAGGCUGAUGAGGUGUCUAUCUGUUUCAGUAUGUUAGUGGGGGCUGAUGAGGUGUCUAUCUGUUUCAGUAUGUUAGUGGGGGCUGAUGGGGUGUCUAUCUGUUUCAGUAUGUUAGUGGGGGCUGAUGAGGUGUCUAUCGGUUUCAGUAUGUUAGUGGAGGCUGAUGAGGUGUCUAUCUGUUUCAGUAUGUUAGUGGAGGCUGAUGAGGUGUCUAUCUGUUUCAGUAUGUUAGUGGGGGCUGAUGAGGUGUCUAUCUGUUUCAGUAUGUUAGUGGAGGCUGAUGAGGUGUCUAUCUGUUUCAGUAUGUUAGUGGGGACUGAUGGGGUGUCUAUCUGUUUCAGUAUGUGAGGCUGAUGGGGUGUCUAUCUGUUUUUGUAUGAUAGUGGGGGCUGAUGAGGUGUCUAUCUGUUUCAGUAUGUGAGGCUGAUGGGGUGUCUAUCUGUUUCAGUAUGUUAGUGGGGGCUGAUGAGGUGUCUAUCUGUUUUUGUAUGAUAGUGGGGGCUGAUGGGGUGUCUAUCUGUUUCAGUAUGUGAGGCUGAUGGGGUGUCUAUCUGUUUCAGUAUGUUAGUGGAGGAUGUCUGGAGGAGCUGUUGGCCAGGAAGGAUGUGUCUCUGUGCUGGAGGGAGAAGGUGGACCUGGCCUGUGACAUCACCAGGGGAAUGAUCUACCUGCACUACAAGAACAUCUACCACAGGGACCUCAACUCCAAGGUACAGUUGACCAGGGGAAAACCCCACCCACAUCUACCACAGGGACCUCAACUCCAAGGUACAGUAGAUUGACUGUAGAUUAUUGUUGUAUUUGUGGUGCAUAGACCAUAAAGUAACCCAGAAAGUGAACAGGAAAAUAAGGAAGGUCCACACUCAGCAUUUGCAGUGAAAGAAAGGGGAAACUGUAUGGGAUGUUACCUCACACACUGGCUGUGUCUGAAAUGGCAACCUAUUCCCUAUAUAGUACACUACUUUUGGCCUGGCUACAGCCACUGACUGCUCUCUUUGAUAUUAGGAAAACCCCUACUCUUACAUCAACCUUUAGCAACAUCGUGCUGUGACAUCAUAUAGUGAUCACAUUGGCAGGUCUCCCUUGUAAAAGAGGUCUUCUGACCUCAAUGGGACUUCCUGGAUAAAUAAAGGUUAAAUAAAUUGGUUUUAACUGUUGUGGACAAAGCAGGGUACGGUUGAAUUGAAGCUCAUUUAGUAGUCAGACUGAGGUUGAGGAUAACUCUCUACCAUGUGAAGACAUCAGCCUAGACAAAUCGGUUGUCUCUCUCCCAGUUGCCAGGUUCCACAGAAGUGCAGGUCGGUUAUGUUAUGCAGAGGGGCCUAGCAACAAGCACAGUCCAUUGUCAUGCUAAUGUACCCACUCUGAGCGUUGUUAUUGUACGCACACACACACACAGACAGACUUGUGUACACACACACCAACAGCCAGUCCCUCUUUGUCUGGGAAAGUAGGGUCAGUGAGCAGUGGAUCAAUAGUAGAGGCCAGCCACAAUACUGCCCUCUCUCUCUCUCUCUCUCCCUCCCCCUCCUCUCUCUCUCUCUCUCUCUCUCUCUCUCUCUCUCUCUCCUCUCUCUCAUCUCUCUCUUCUCUCCCUCCUUAUCCUCUCUGCAUAUCUCCUCUCCUUCAUCUUCUCCUGUCUCUCUCUCUCUCUCUUCUCACUCUCCUCUUCCUUCUCUUUCUCCCUCACUCCUUUCUCUCUCUCUAGUCUCUUCUCUCUCUCUCACACGUGCCUCUUUUCACGACCCUCUCAUCUCUAACUAGGAUACUGGUUGACACUACUGUUCCCUUCUGACAUUGCCCUCAGGACUCCUUUGCUCUGGUUCAAUUGCUUUUCUGGAAAGCUCUUUUCUUUCCCUCAACCACGUCUCAUUUUACAGCGCCCUGCCCACUCGUACUACUUAAUUGGCAAUUGGUGGUGACACUGACGUGUUCCAUACUGACAUUUAGCACGUCACCCAGAGGGACAAUCCAUUUGGCUCUGGUCUCAAUGGUGGCAUUUUACUGGAAAGUAAUUGUUGUUUCUGCAAAGCAGUACUGUUGUUUUUCCCCCUAGACCCCCCACCGGUAUCAUUAGAGUUGGCAAAAGGAUGCACACGUCUGUCUUCACAAUUACAGAGAGUGUUUCAAAAGAGCACUGCUAGGAUUGAUGGCAGAAGGAUAUAGACAAGGUCUUUUCUCAUGUGGAAUCUGUCUCAACCUCGAGAGAAGGGACUUCAGUCUCUAUAAAUUACAGUGGAUCCAAGCCAGACGUGCAAGGUAAUUAAUUAUGUGCAGUGUAGGUUAAAACAAUUUAGGUUAAAACAAUUACUGUUUCAGUUAGAGUCACAAGGUUAGGCUGCAUAGCACAGCUCUGUCACGACUUCCGCCGAGGCUGCCUCCCCUCCUUGUUCGGGUAGGCUUCGGCGUUCGUCGUCACCGGCUUACUAGCCACUGCCGCUCCAUUAUUCAUCAUUCCAUUUGUCUGGUCUUGUCAAUCACACACACAUGCUUUGUAUCCCCGCAUUAGUCCAUGUAUAAGUGUUCCCUCUGCCCCCCUUGUCCUUGUGGGUGAUUGUUUAUUUGUGAGAGUAGUGUAGCUCGGUGGAGCUACUCGUACCUUGCAUUCGGUGAAUACCCUCCUGCGCCUGACUCCUUCUAUCACACUCAUCACAAGCUCUUCUGACAUAUCUCCUGUAGAAGCAAUCAUUAAAGUUAAAAAAUGACCAGAAUUAGGAAAGGUAUGGUGGAUGUAAUUGUAAACAAAGGUUUCGGUACCAAAUAUUAAGUUCUGCUUUUCUGAUGUAUCAAAUACAUAUAUCAUGCAAUAAAAUGCAAAUGAAUUACUUAAAAAUAAUACAAUGUGAUUUUCUGGAUUUUUGUUUUAGAUUCCGUCUCUCACAGUUGAAGUGUACUAUGAAAUAACACAUAUGGAAUCAAGGCAAAGGGUGGCUAUUUGAAGAAUCUCAAAUAUAAAAUAUAUUUUGAUUUGUUCAACACUUAUUUGGUUACUACAUGAUUCCAUAUGUGUUAUUUCAUAGUUUUGAUGUCUUCACUAUUAUCCUACAAUGUAGAAAAUAGUACAAAUAAAGAAAAACCCUUGAAUGAGUAGGUGUUCUAAAACUUUUGACUGGUACUGUAUAGGGAAUAUGGCGUCAUUUGGGACGCAGCCUUGGUUGCAGUUUAGACUAAUUCCUUAGAUUUCCAGUGGCACAACCCUUUUUUAAUUCCCCCUGAAACUCUCCAUUCUAGAUCUGUUUUUCCUGGAACUGUUGUUUUCUUUGGCUCUGAGGUGAGGGCCCAUGCUAAAUUUAGCGGUCAGGUUUGGUGCUUGGAGCGAUACCCAGAUUGCCCAAUAAUCACAGGCUGCUGAAUGAAAACACUGGAGAGAGAGGGCCUGUGGUGUGGGCUCCCUUUGUAAUGACCUCUAGAUGCUGAGGAGAUGUCAGCCAGCCAGUUGGCCAGUCAGCCAGCCAGCCAGCCAGGGCCUUCCCUCCCUCCUUCCCCUCCUCCUGCUUACCCUCAUCAGCAGUUCCUGCUCUGCUCCACACCCCUGUCUGCCUAUCUGUCAAUUUUUCUGCCUGUCUACAUGCCUUCUUUUUGCCGGCUUGCUUCUCUUCCUGACUCUCUCUGCCUGUCUAUCUGCCUGUCUGUCGCUGCCUGCCUGUCUGCCUCUCUACACUCCAACCUGUCUGACCAUCUUUCAGCCUGUCUGCCUCUGCCCUGCUUGCCUGCCUCUCUGCCUGCCUACAUUUCUGUCUGUCUGCCUGCCCUGCCUGUCUCUUUGCCUGUCUGCCUGUCUGUCUGCUUGUUGCCUGCUUGCCUGCUUGCCUCUGUUCCUGACUCUCUCGCUCUCUCUAUCUCUGCCUGCCUGUCUCUCUGCUUGCUUGACUUAUGUAACCGCUCCACUACCUUGUGUCCUCUAGAGUAGCUCACCCACUCUUACUGAGCCCAUCCAGCCCACUGGUGCUCUCUCCACACCUACAGUAAACCACCUACUAUGGUAAUCAACACCCCAACUCACAUGGCUACAGUUGGGCUUUGUUCUCUGUAUGCAUAGAUGCCAAAGCAGGUGGAUUAUCUACCCUGUAGCCCAUCAGCAGAGCCCAGGUAAGGACUGAAAAAUUUAGCAUGGUUGGGAGGUGAUUAGUGCAGACCCCAUUGAGUCAGGCUAUUUAAGAGUGUCUGGUCUGGCUGUCUGUAUGUAGGGUCUCACCUUCAUAAUUUGUAAGUCGCUCUGGAUAAGAGCGUCUGCUAAAUGAUGUAAAUGUAAUACUGUCUUCGUCCCAAAUGGCACCCUAUUCCCUACAAAGUGCACUACUUUUGACCUGAGCCCUAUAUGGGCCCUGUUCAAAAGUAGUGGACUAUAGGGGAUAGGGUGCCAUUUGGGACACACACACUGUUAUAUCUGCUUACACUAUGGAGAGAAUCAAGAGAUCUGCCACGAGAUGUCUAUCAACACGUUUACUCAGCUUUCCCUAUAGGCCUGAUUUGAUUUGCUCAGGUAGCUAAAGAAGCAUUAUGUAGACCCACAGGCAGGUAUAAAGUGUGAGAUUCGAAGGCAGAGAAUGUUCAGUUGAGUUGUCUGUAUAUUCAGACCGACUAUUGGUGUGAUGUACUAAAAUAGUGUUAGACUGCUCUCUGGUGGUAAGCAGGUGUCAUAACAGAAAUGCUUAGAGUGGCAGUACUACUGUAGACUGAAUCUAUCCUUAUUGUAUAACAUGCUGUUCAUUUGGCUGGAUGUCAUGUUGAAAUGGCUUGGCAUACUGCGGUGUACUGUGGAAAAUCAUUUUAGAUAUAGUGUAUUUAUACAUGUUUUUGGUAUAUUGAUUUGUAUACUGUGGUCCAAUGUGUCAGUGCCACGGUUGGGUGUUCAAUUCCCACUGGGCCACCCAUAUGCAAAGGUAUGCAGACACUAAUGAAAAAUUGCUUUAGAUUAAAGUGUCUGCUUAACACUAGAACCGCCUGGCAUACAUAUAUAUAUACACACACACAUAUAUACACACACACACACACACAUAUAUAUAUACAGUGAGGUAAAAAAGUAUUUGAUCCCCUGCUGAUUUUGUACGUUUGCCCACUGACAAAGACAUGAUCAGUCUAUAAUUUUAAUGGAGGUUUAUUGGAACAGUGAGAGACAGAAUAACAACAACAAAAUCCAGAAAAACGCAUGUCAAAAAUAUUAUAAAUUGAUUUGCAUUUUAAUGAGGGAAAUAAGUAUUUGACCCCUCUGCAAAUCAUUACUUAGUACUUGGUGGCAAAACCCUUGUUGGCAAUCACAGAGGUCAGACGUUUCUUGUAGUUGGCCACCAGGUUUGCACACAUCUCAGGAGGGAUUUUGUCCCACUCCUCUUUGCAGAUCUUCUCCAAGUCAUUAAGGUUUCGAGCCUGACGUUUGGCAACUCGAACCUUCAGCUCCCUCCACAGAUUUUCUAUGGGACACUCUUAAAGGGAGUGCUCCUAAUCUCAGUUUGUUACCUGUAUAAAAGACACCUGUUCACAGAUGCAAUCAAUCAAUCAGAUUCCAAACUCUACACCAUGGCCAAGACCAAAGAGCUCUCCAAGGAUGUCAGGGACAAGAUUGUAGACCUACACUACAAGAAACAUCUGACCUCUGUGAUUGCCAACAAGGGUUUUGCCACCAAGUACUAAGUAUUGUUUCGCAGAGGGGUCAAAUACUUAUUUCCCUCAUUAAAAUGCAAAUCAAUUUAUAACAUUUUUGACAUGCGUUUUUCUCGAUUUUUGUUGUUGUUAUUCUCUCUCACUGUUCAAAUAAACCUACCAUUAAAAUGAUAGACUGAUCAUGUCUUUGUCAGUGGGCAAACGUACAAAAUCAGCAGGGGAUCAAAUACUUUUUUCCCUCACUGUAUAUAAUAAUAUAUAUGUAUAUACUGACAUGUGGAUUUGUGUAUGUCUGACUCUGCAGAACUGUCUGAUCCGUGUGACGGCGCGGGGCAGGGAGGCCCUGGUCACAGACUUUGGCCUGGCCAGAGAAGUGGUGGAGCUGCCGGUUAAAGACCCGGAGAGGAAGCUCUCCCUGGUGGGAUCUGCCUUCUGGAUGGCCCCAGAGAUGCUGCGUGGGGAACCCUACGAUCGCAAGGUAAGGAUACGUCACCAAGACCCUUCAAUCGAGUAAAUAGCCUUGUCUGAGUCAAAACUGACCAUAGGGCAGGAGGCCCACAAGGCCACUGAGUUGGUCCAUUUGAGAAGAUGUGGUCAAAAAUACUCCGGGUAGAAAGUUAGAGAGCUUUGUCAUAUCUUAGUAUCCUAGUAGUUGGAACACAGUUCAUCGUUGGUUGGAACUCUGUAUGACAGACUUGGUUCUGUGUUCUCACCAGGUGGAUGUAUUUUCCUUUGGAAUUAUGCUCUGUGAAAUACUGGCAAGGAUCCCUGCAGACCCAGAGAUUCUACCAAGAACCCAGGUAAAGCUCUACUCUGUAUUUACAUUAUAUACGACCAUAAGUGGAAAAGGCUUUGUUCAUUUUGACACACACUAGCACAAACACACAUAUAUAGAUACACGUAUAGAAGUACAUGAGACAUACAGUAUAUCUACAUAGAUCCAGGUUUUCUACAAUGUGUGAAAGCUCUGUCAUGCACCAUGUGUGAAAUCUCUGGCAUGUACCAUGUGUGAAAGCUCUGCCCUAUUAACCAUGUGUAAUGACUGCUAGGCAUGUGUGUGUGUGUGUGUGUGUGUGUGUGUGUGUGUGUGUGUGUGUGUGUGUGUGUGUGUGUGUGUGUGUGUGUGUGUGUUUGACAGGACUAUGGCCUGGAUGUGAGUGCGUUUAGGGAUCUGGUGAGCGGGUGUCCUCAGCGCGUGUUGGAGCUGGCAGCCAGCUGCUGUCUGGUGAGUAGAUACAGUACAGUAUACUUUACAGUACAGUUCAUACAGUAUACUUUACAGCAUAGUUCAUACAGUAUACUUUACAGCAUAGUUCAUACAGUAUAUUUUACAGCAUAGUUCAUACAGUAUACUUUACAGCGUAGUUCAUACAGUAUACUUUACAGUCUGGUGAGUAGAUGUAGUAAAGUAUACUUUACAGUACAGUUCAUACAAUUAUGUAGGGCUGAACCUGCCGAGUUGAAUGUUUUAAUUAUACCCUAUGCCCGGGCUUUUCUCUGUUUAAUUUUACAAUUUGUAUCAUGUUAAAUAUUAGCCUCUAUUGGGAGCCACCGUCAGUAAUACCCACAUACAUUUAUAACUGUCACUUUAGUGUUCAAUUUGUAGCCUACAUUUUGCAUCAUUCCAUUCCAUUCCGUUUCCCUUUCUUUCCUCUGUCACGUCCAUGCAAGUUGUUCCUGAGGGUCACUAGCAUUAGUGGAUCAUAUUAGGAUAACUUUGUGCAGUAAUUUGGGACAUGUAGCCUAUUUGAAUCAUUAUGGAACUCAGACCACACGUAGAAGGUUAAACCUGGAGCCUGGAGCACGGUUCACGACGACUGACCAGACCAACUACUGUGAAGCAUAUAGGAAAGGCGUGCGUAGGAAAGGCGUAAUUUCCUAAGCCGGAAUCAGGCCCAAAGCGUCUUAAAGUGGAAAUGCUGAUCUAGGAUCAGGUCCUCCGUGUCCAAAUCGUAUUUAUUAUAAUAUUAAUAACAAAACUGAUCCUAUAUACGCACUCCUACUCUGAGACGCUUUGUGAACAGUUAGUUUUAAACCCCAGACAAGGCCCAGUACUGAUCCUUGUGCUUCCUCUGUGUGUUCAGAUGGAGUCCUUCAGGAGACCGGCAUUCACAGAGCUGCUGGAUGAACUGGGGGAGAUCGCUGAGACUCUGGAACCGCCCCCUAACCCGCCCCCUAACUCAGAGCUGACCACUGGGUGAGCUGCCUGGGUUGGCCGAAGCCCCACCCACCCACCCAUCUAUCCUGAGGAGGACUGGAGGACUUAUAUAGUGUAUGAUGUUUUACCAGGGCCUUGUGCUCUGGUCAAAAGUAGUGCACUAUAUAGGAAAUAGGGUGCCAUUUGGGACGCAACAAUAGACAGUUGCACAGGGUCAGGGGGCAGGGGCACAACACUUCACCAGGAUGACCUCUCUAUAGGGGCUGACCUCUCUGUUUGUGCCUACCUACACCACACCUAAACUGCACCUACAGAUGUGUCGGUGGGUGGCUCCACAACUUUCAAAUGAGACACUGGUGGAUUGAUGGAUGGAAUAGACCGUAUGUAUCUUGAAGAGAGAGUUUCUUUGGAAGGUUUCUUUGAAUGCUUUAUUUGACCAGUUCACACACUUUGUGUACAGUUGAUUAUUUCACCUAGGUGAUAGAAGUUGGGCAUAAUUUUUUUUAAAGGCAUGUCUUUCCUUAAUUUACAUUUUCUUAAUCUUAAUCUCAUACGCUGCUUUUUUGUUUAAAUUUGUUGUGUUGUUGUUGUUAAUGUUAAUGACAGUGUUUAGUGAUGUAACUGAUGAUGAUGAGGAUAAAGAUCAUGAUGAUGAGGAGGAGGAUGGUGAUGGAGGAGGA